CAGAAUCACCAGAUGGGUGUGGGGGUGGAAAGGGAGCUAAGAAAGGGAACAGAAGGACCUACCUGAGAGAAGGAAAACUUGACAGAACAGUGGACAUAGCGACAAAGACUCUUGCUUUUAAAAAAAUCAACCAUGUAGCAUGUGCAAGAAGCAAACCUGGCCUGGACUACGAGGCAUAAUGAGACAAGAAACGCUGUAUUUGAGUUUUGGGGCACUGUUCCUCCUUACCCAGCUUCUGUGGCAUGCUGGUGGAGAGAGCAAAUGUGUCAAGGAUGACUAUGUGAUUAAUGUGAUGAUGAUGAAUGACUCUGGGCUUCCAGUGUCCUCAAAGGACAUAGAACCAGCUGUCCUAUUAGGCUUGGAACUGGUGGAAUAUGACCUGAAAGAAAACAACGUGAAUGUUAAUGUCAGUGCCACAUUUGAUGCCAUCGACACCUCUCUAUAUGUCUCAAAAGGUUGCCGUACCAGCACUUGUGAAGGUGUAGAAUUCAUCAAGGAACUCUAUACUACUGGUAAGCUUGGGUGUGCUGUUCUAGGUCCAACAUGUACCUUUGCCACAUACCAGAUGGUCUCAUUAGAGACAGUAUGGGGUCUCCCUCUGAUCUCUGCAGGGAGUUUUGGGCUGACUUGUGAUUUCAAAGAAAACCUGUCAAGGAUGUUGACUCCAGCCAGGAAGGUGAUCUACUUCUUGGCUGAUUUCUGGAGAAAUUCCAGAUUACCAUUCAAAAGUGUCAAAUGGGAAUCUACUUACAUAUAUAAGAAUGAGCACACUGAAGACUGCUUCUGGUAUAUAAAUGCCCUGGGGGCACCUGAUACAUACUUCUCUGAAGGAAUGAAAUUCCAGGAGACUCUCAGGAGCUCAGAACACCUACGGAACGUUGUGAAGAAUCCAAAUCGAAAAAGUAAUGUGAUCAUCACAUGUGGAACUCCAAAUGACAUCGAAAAAGCCCUAGGGAAGGGACAGGUGGAUGAGGACAUAGUUAUUAUCCUGAUAGAUCUUCACAGUAAUGUGUACUAUGAAAAUGCUGCCUCAUAUGAUUACAUGAAGAAUGUCCUUGUCCUGACUCUGGCACCAUCAAACUAUAGUACAGUUUCAAACUAUAGUAGAGUUUUUGUGACUCCAGAACAGAUCCAGUUACUGAAAGAUGACUUCAUUGUUGGCUACUUGGAUGCUGUCUUGCUCUUUGGACAUGCCUUGAAAAAGCUUUAUCUCAAAAAAAAAUUAAUUACUCCUGAUGCCAUCAUUGACCAAUUCCGGAAUGUGAAUUUUAAAGGUAUUCUUGGUCCUGUAAUCCUGGAUGAAUAUGGGGAUAUCGAUGUCAAUUUCACCAUUCUGUACACAUCAGUGCAGACUUCAAAAUAUAACACCCUCCUACAAUAUGACACUCAUCUGAAUAAGACAGAAGCAAAGACCAACACACCAUUAUUCAUUUGGAAAAAACAUACCCUGCCAAAUGAUAUUCCUAGCCAUGGCCCACACAUUUUGACUAUUGCUGUUUUCACACUUACUGGAACAGUGGUGAUGGUUCUGAUCGUCGCUUUGCUGCUACUUUGGAAAUAUAAAAGAGCCAAUGAACUCCGGCUGAAGAGAUGGUCCCACAUUCCACCAGACAAGAUCCUGCCUUUGGAGACUAAUGAGACAAGCCAUGUCAGUCUGAAGAUUGAGGAAGACAAAAGGCGUGACACUGCACAGCGAUUGCGUCAAGGCAAAUAUGACAAGAAGGUGAUAAUCUUGAAGGAUUUAAAACACAGUGAUGGGAAUUUUACAGAGAAACAGAAAAUAGACCUCAACAAGCUCCUUCAGAUUGAUUAUUACAAUCUGACUAAGUUCUACGGAACUGUCAAGAUGGACACUAUGAUCUACGGAGUGAUUGAGUACUGCGAGAGAGGAUCACUGCGGGAUGUCUUAAAUGAUAAAAUCUCCUACCCUGAUGGCACCUUCAUGGAUUGGGAAUUUAAAAUUUCUGUCAUGUAUGAUAUUGCCAAGGGAAUGUCCUACCUGCAUUCAAGCAAAACAGAGGUCCAUGGGCGCCUGAAAUCUACAAACUGUGUCGUGGAUAGCCGCAUGGUAGUGAAGAUUACUGAUUUUGGCUGUAAUUCUAUUCUUCCACCAAAAAAAGAUCUCUGGACUGCUCCUGAACACCUCCGCCAUGUUGAUGUUUCUCAGAAAGGUGAUGUGUACAGCUAUGGAAUUAUAGCACAAGAGAUCAUACUGCGUAAAGAGACCUUCUACACUAAUGAUUGUCGGGAUCAUAAAGAGAAACUUUGCAGAGUAGAAAGCAAUAAAGGAGCAAGACCAUUCCGGCCAGAUCUUUUAUUGGAGACAGAGGGAGAGAAAAAGCAAGAAGUAUAUCUUCUUGUGGAAAGCUGCUGGGAGGAAGAUGCAGAAAAGAGGCCCGAUUUUAAGAAAAUCGAGACUGCCUUGGCUAAGAUAUUUAGCAACUACCACAGCCAAACCAAUGAAAGCUACAUGGACACCUUAAUCCGACGUCUGCAGUUGUAUUCACGAAACCUGGAGCACUUAGUAGAAGAGAGAACUGAGCUGUACAAAGCAGAGCGAGACAGAGCUGACAGGCUUAACUUCAUGCUUCUCCCAGGGCCUGUGGUAAAGUCCUUGAAGGAAACAGGACGGGUAGAGCCAGAACUGUUUGAAGAAGUCACCAUCUACUUCAGUGACAUUGUGGGCUUCACAACCAUUUGUAAAUACAGCACCCCUAUGGAAGUGGUGGACAUGCUCAAUGACAUCUACAAGAACUUUGAUCAUAUUCUUGACCAUCAUGAUGUUUACAAGGUAGAGACCAUUGGAGAUGCAUAUAUGGUAGUAAGUGGUUUACCAAAGACAAAUGGCAACUGUCAUGCAGUAGACAUUUCCAUGAUGGCAUUGGACAUACUCAGCUUCAUGGGUUCCUUUGAACUUGGACAUCUUCCAGGUCUUCCUGUAUGGAUCCGAAUAGGAAUUCACUCUGGUCCAUGUGCUGCUGGUGUAGUCGGGAUUAAGAUGCCUCGUUACUGCUUGUUUGGAGAUACAGUGAACACAGCUUCAAGAAUGGAAUCUACAGGUUUACCUCUACGGAUCCAUGUAAGUGGUUCCACGAUUGCUAUUCUCAAAAGAACAGACUGCCAGUUUCAGUAUGAAGAGCGAGGAGAGACAUAUUUGAAGGGCAAAGGAACUGAAAUUACUUACUGGCUGACUGGAGUGAAGGACCAGAAAUAUAAUCUUCCAACACCUCCUUCUGUGGAGAAUCAGCAGCGUUUGCAAGCUGACUUUGCUGAGAUGAUAAUAGACUCUCUGCAGAAAAGGCAAACAGAAGAAUUCCAGGUGCGAGAGAUUUCACGUGUGGCUAGUUACCGCAAAGGCACUCUGGAAUAUCUACAACUGGCUGUUACUGAAAGCCCCAGCACCUUCUUGUAAAAGUGGAGAGUGUGACUCAAGAAUCUCUGAAAGUUAAAUUAAAUGAUAUGUGAGAUAGAUUUUACAUACUGUCCAUGUAUUUGCAGUAUUGUAGGGAGUACAGGUGGGCUGAAGGGAGAAAUGUGAUCCUUCCUUUGAGUGUCCCCUCUCUGUAGUUAAUAAUCUGUGGAAAGAACAUUUCUUCUACUUCACUGGCAAGCUUCAAAUAACCCAAUGCAAGAUGCUUCUUCUGGAUGAAUUGGAGACAUCACGGAUGUGCUGCUUCCUGGAACUGGGAAAGGACAAAAUAGGGCAGCUUCCCAGAGGGCAGCUCCCUUCACAUCCAGUUUGGUGCUUGUGGGCUAAAAGAGGAGUAUGGGAAGACAGCAAACCAGGAAUUUGCACAAUGUAAACACCCUUUUUGCACUAUGAUAAAGGUACUGUGGAUGUCAUAGGGUGGCUGUGCUAGGUGCAAGAGUGCUAUAGCCUGCAUUAUCACAUUGACACAGCUGGAGCAAGAUCCACACAUCCCACACAUCUUUUGGAAGGCAUUUUGAGGAUUUUGGAAAUAAGCAAGCAAGGAUUGAAUGCACUGUUUAAAACUGUCUGGCAAUGCCUUUACUCCUUUUGAAAUGAAAACCAGAUGCAUUUUAAUCUGAACACUUUUCCAUGUUCAGAUAGUUUUUACAAGUGCCUGUUUCCUAUUAUAGAAACAGCUUAAAAUAUUUUGUCUGUUAUUAAAAAUGUGUUGGUCUGCUACCCAUUUUCAUCAUGUUAUGUCUUGAUUUGCCACGAUUAAGGGCUGCAAUCCUAAACACACUUAUUCGGGAGUCUUUUUGGACACAUCAGGACUUACUCCUGAGUAAACAUAGAUUGAAUUGAA